UUCAAUUCCCUUCAUCACGACUUCAGGGCCUUUGUCCCUGGCAUAUGCCGGCCCAGUCACCACGCAAGGAGGAAUAAAGGAAAAAAGACGGGAGAGAGGAGUCAUACAUACAUACUGUGCCGUGCGUGGUGCGUGCCACUCACUGCUCGCCUUGCAUUGCAUAUCUGCAGGUGACUUGGGUUACGGUUACGGUUACGUUUACGGCUUCUGAUUCUGGACUGGACCGUUCUGUUUCUCCAACCUCCUGAACCCUACCUACCGCUUCCCUAUCCGUAUCCGUACAUCACCAGUUUUCUCUCUCUCUCCUUGCGACUCACACGAAAUUAACGAUCUAGCCUUGGCUUCCCAGUAUCUAGUUGCUGUACGUACGCCGUAUUCCGUCUCCAUCGUCUCCUCUGUCCCUUGGCCUUUUUCGUCUUCCCUGGCCUCCACCGCGUGGCCCUGCCCUUGUCCUAUCCUGUCUUGUCGUGUCCGUCCCGCCCCGUCCCUGUCGUUCUUAUCCUCCUUUGGUUGACCAUCUCGGUCCUGUCUCCAGACGGAGCCUCUUCCCCCGCGACCAACAACCGCCACGACUCUAUCCGCCCGCCCGCUACUCUCCUCGUUUAGUGCUCCUUGUAUCUCGUUGACGUGACCUUGACGAACGCUUCAGUCCUCCCACGUUUUCUGAUCAGCGUCCGGCUCCUCGCAAUCCCCUCCCUGGCCCUGUUCAUCUGGCCUGGCCCUGUCGUGAAGUGACCUCGGGACCCAGUCUUUGGCGGUGACGCCCCUGUUCUCUUCUCACCGGAUCGAACUCACGAUCUCCAGCGCAACGUCUCGGGCGUUUCCAUUGCCUUGGCUCCCGUUGUCUCUGGCCUGGGUCCUCGACUACUACUGUUGCUGCUGCGUCUACUUCCUAUUUGGAUUCAGCAGGCGACGAACCUCCUUCUCGUUUCCCCGAUCUCGUUAACGACGAAAAGCCGACCGGCCGAUAUACCCCCGAUCUUCUUGCUGGCGUCUAUCGAGGAAUUCGAAAGCUACCUUCAGUCAAGCUCUCGAGAAGUCCUUCACGGUUGCACUUAAAGAGCUCAUCCGGAAGUUUACACUCCGCUCAUUCCUCCACCUCGAGUGCACCCCCCGCAAGCGAAGCGCCUCCUCAGCAUGCUCGAAACUUGACCCUUCAGUAUAGUUUGUCGAAGCCUCUACCGCGGUCGCCGCCGUAUCAAGAAUCUAUACAUCCUCAAGAUUCGACCUCCCCCAAUCUGCCUAGUGUGCCAGAGGGGCAGAUUCCUUCACCCAAGUUCUUCGAUCCGUCACCUUCGACCUCACCACUACCGACACCGCCCCCGAAGACAGAAAGUUUCUUUGAUAGCCGAUCAAGCACUAUGGAGUCAGCAUCUGCGCCACCGCAGCACCCAUAUGGCGCCCACGAAGCCAAUAAUAGCAUGAGCAGUGUGUCGAGUGCCUCCAGAUAUGACUCGCAAGAACAACCCGACGGCCUGAAGCCCAGAGGUACUGGAUCAGCUUCUGCUGGUCCAUCACCCAAUGUCGCUCAACGGGCAACCCCUGUAGGCGGACCUUCCAAUGGCCCUUCAACACACUUGUCCGGUCUUAUGUGCAAUGUUCACCGAACGACUGGACGUGAGCCCCAUGCCCUAGUCGGAGCUACAACUACCAUCCUGGGCGACAAGCUCUAUGUGUUUGGAGGCCGUAUCCUGUCUAGAAGCCGACCUGCGCCUCUGACAUCGGAUAUGUACGAGUUGGAUCUGAUUCGUCGACACUGGACGAAGCUGGAAACAACAGGCGACGUUCCACCACCUCGAUACUUCCACUCCAUGUGCGCUUUGGGUGACACCAAGAUGGUUUGUUACGGUGGCAUGUCACCUGCCCCUAACCAGCCUCCUGGUGGUGACCAGCAGCAACCCGAAAUCACUGUCAUGUCUGAUAUCUACAUCUACGACGUAAACACCAGAGCCUGGACCUUUAUUCCGACACAAGACCCUCCCCAGGGCCGCUACGCCCAUUGCGCCUGCAUCCUUCCUUCAUCUGCCACCUUUUCUUCGCACCGCGCUCCUCUUUCUGCUUUACAACAUAAUCCUUCGACUGGCAACCCUAAUGAGGGCCGAAUCGGCAUUAAUAUUGAUGGUUCAGGUGGUGCAGAAAUGGUCAUUGUUGGUGGACAGGAUGGCAGAAACAAUUACAUUGAGCAGAUCAGUGUCUUCAACUUGCGAAGCCUGAAAUGGACCUCAACACAGCCUCUGGACAGAAGCUGGGGCGCAUAUAGGAGUGUGACUGCCCCUCUUCCGCCUUCAGUGGCUUCCAAACUCGGCCGCCGACAAUCGAACGGCAUGCAACGUCACGAUGGAGGUAUCAGCCAAGAAGCCCGUGAACCAGGGGCUUCGAUGUUGAUUUACUGCAAUUAUAACUUCUUGGACGUUAAGCUCGAGCUACAAAUCCGGGCGCCUGACGGUACUCUCACAGAGCGGCCAAUGUCAGGCAACUAUUCACCACCAGGAUUGCGAUUCCCGAACGGCGGAGUUAUCGAUACCCAUUUUGUCGUCAGUGGCACGUACCUAACCUCAUCUCGACAAGAGUAUGCGCUCUGGGCUCUGGAUCUGCGAACCUUGACAUGGAGUCGUAUCGAUGCCGGAGGAAGUGUGUUCAGCCAGGGAAGCUGGAAUCGUGGAGUUUUAUGGAACCGCCGAAACACAUUUGUGAUCUUGGGCAAUAGGAAAAGGAGUCUCGUCGAUGACUAUAAUCAUCGACGUAUCAACUUUUCCAAUGUGUGCAUGGUCGAGUUGGAAGCAUUUGGCUUUUACGACAAUCCCCGCAAGACAAGUCCACUUUCAGGUUUCAUCUCGGCCAGCAGCCCUUAUGCUGGGCCUGGUCUGAGUUUGGCGCGCAAAGCAGGAUACACAGCGGGUGGACGGUACCACUCAAGGGCGAGCGAGGAGCUUGGCGAGAAGUCAUUCGCCAUGCGCGAACUUGCCGAUAUGGAUAUUCUGUGCAUCGGUGGCGAGCGUAUUCCAGUCAACUCGAGAAUCGUCGGACGACGAUGGGGACCUUAUUUCGUGCAACUUCUACGGGAGGGAACGGCGACACAGGAUGGGAGCGAUGCCAUGACUCUUAGAUCCGGUCUCUCAAGCAAUCCUUUACGCGCAUCGGCUAUCACAAUCACACCGAACUCGAGGGUAGCAGACAGCUCAUCCUCCAUGAUUAGCACUGUUGGCUCGUCACUGAGCUCUUCUGGUGCCCCUUCAAGCACCACAGCUUCAAGUUUCACCACAGGUGCCAUGAGCCAUGAGGCCAACCCGACGAACAUUAACGCGGCGCCUACACCUCACUCACUACCGCCAAACUCACGACCGAGAUGUCUUUACCUCCCACACACAUAUCUUACGAUCCAGGCGCUGCUUCACUUCCUCUACACGAGCUCUCUCCCACCUCCGACAUCUCCUCUUUGCACCCCCCAGAUCCUUUGCUCGCUACUCCAGAUCGCCCGACCGUACCGUAUUGACGGACUAUUGGAGGCUGUAGUCGAGCGACUUCACGCCUUGCUCGACAGUCGCAACGCUGCGGCUGUUUUCAAUGCUACAGCCAUGGCAGCUGGCGGUGGCCGAGGCAUUGAUGGAUCCCUCAACCCCAAUUUCUUUGUUGGAACUCUGGAUCCUGUGGGCUCGCCUACUAACACCUCUGACUUUUCUCUGGGACAUACCCCUGGCGACAGUUUCUCAUCGGAUCUUCAGACUCGUACUGAGGGCCUGACGCUCAACACCAAUGUGCAACAACUGAGCAGACCAUCCAGUGAUGAGCUAUCUGCUACAACAAGCCAGAGCGGUUCAGAGUGGAGUUCCUCGGAGAUUGGUGGCAGCGAACGCGACAACUUUGUAUGGAAUGGUGAACUAAGCAGUGUAAUUGGCCUACAGAAGCGAGGUCUUCGAGGCUUGAUGGAGGGUAGGAGGAUGAGAGAACGAACAGGCACAGCAGCUGGUGGAAACGGCAUGGGGCCAAGCUACACAAGCGGACAAGGCCAACAGCGUGUUGGUCUGGGAAUAGCAGGAUCAUAAGCUGACCAAGGCGACUUAUCAAGCGAGCUAGGGAUGGACUCGGCGAAAAUAUUGUGACAUGUAAUGAAUCCAGUCACGAUCUGUAGAAGAGGUGAAUUUUGUAGGAGCGUAUAUGAAGCAUUUGAUGAUGGACAUAACACUUCAUAGUAGAUAGCAUUAUCAUCACGUCUGAUGAGUUCAUUUGUUAAACAUUCACCAAACCUCGAUCCUGUUUCAUAUGAGCCAUUCUAUACAACGAUACUUGAAAUCAUGCUAAUGAACUAUACAAUGG